GUUGCCGCUUAUUUUCGCUGCCAACCAACGCGACCCAAUUAUACAAAGGAAACGCAGCGAAGAAGAAUCUCGAAGAGGUGGAAGUGGUGAGAGGCCGAGGCUUAAUCUGCAGCCUCGUACAAUACCUUUGAACGAUGGGAAUCAGGAGGCUUCUGGUGCGGCAGUGAAGCCCAAGGGUUCCAAUCCUUUCGGAAAUGCAAGACCAAGGGAAGAGGUAUUGGCCGAGAAGGGACAGGACUGGAAGAAGAUUGAUGAGCAACUCGAGUCAAUGAAGGUUAAGGAUACGGUGGAGAGGGCAGAGAGACCAACCGGUGCUUCAUUCGAGAGAAAAGGCUUUGGAGUUCGAAGUGGUCGGUCACCAGAUGAUCGUAUGGGAAGGAGUUGGAGGAAGCCAGAUUCUGUGGAUUCUCGUCCCCAAAGUGCUGAGCCUGAGAUGGUUGAUAAUGGACCUGCUGAGGAAAAUUGAAGACGGUAUUCUAUGCAUUUGAUACUAAAGUUGAAAUAAUUAAAUUGCUGAUGCGUAGUGGUGAAGUUUGCUGAUAUUCAUUAUUGAGAACUCUUGAAUUAUUCACUGUGUUAUUCCAUGGUUCUUUGAGUCCCCCCAAAACAAGAAAAAAAAAACCCACCAAACAGAAAUGAACUAUACGUAUAAAAUUUUGUUUCAGUGAGUGCUAUUGAUGUGGAUCAAGUACAGGACAUUGUGCAAUUUUGGUAGGUUUAAGGUUAGCUUUGCUAUUUAGGCCUUUUAUGGACAUGUUUGUACCUUUUCUUUAAUGUUCCUGAGAAAUACUGUUCAACUGUACCGUCGUCUUUUCUAAUAUCAGUUUUGUGUUCCGACGAGAAA